AUGGACGUCCAGAGCGAGCAUCUCCCCUACGACCGAGUCCCGGAAGAUAGUCCCAAUAUCAACCACCUCACAGAUCCGAUCCCAGCCCCCUCAGAAUCAGCACACUCAGGCGAGGUCCGGAGCUUCAUCGUCAACGUGCUCGUCCAGCAGUACAGCAUCGACAGUGAGCAAGCUCAGGAGCUCGCACGACUCUGGACCGUAGGAUCUGGACGAGAAUUCCGACAAUUCCCCGCCCGCCUGUUCGUGGAGAUUUUCGGGCUGCAAGCGGGAUGGGUCCUCUAUAAGGAAGUCUCGGCCCGGGUGAUUGAAGAGAAGGUCAAGACUAUGGAUGUUUUUGAUUAUAGAAAGCGCGCUAUCGGAGAUCCGACCCAUGAGAACAUCGAGGUAGUCUUCGGCAUCUGGGUCGGUCUGAUCGUUGGCCAACACGUGUAUCUUGCCGAGAAGUGCGCACAGACCCGGGUCGAAGGUGAGCUGUCUUUGCAGACCUUCGUGGGAAAGAAUGGCCUAAUAGACACUUGUUAUGGCGUCGUUGGGUCCAUGCCUUCCAUUCUCAGCCAUGCCGCCCAGACCAGCAUCGCCAGCAGAAUCUUCAUCGCUCCCUACCGCCUCGUCCUCGCCUUCGGUACUAGCAGCAGCUCCAACAUCAAGCCUCAUGUCGCCGUCAUCGAUCUUGUGGAACAGCGAUGGACUGGCCAGCCUUGA